AUGGCAUGCAAAGAUGGCUCAAAAGUAACACAAGUGAUCGCGACGCCCGGUCAGGGACCCGACCGGCCACAAGAGGUGUCCUAUACGGACACGAAAGUGAUCGGCAACGGCUCGUUCGGUGUCGUAUAUCAGGCCCGACUCGUGGACACGUCCGAAAUGGUGGCCAUUAAACGGGUUCUGCAGGACAAGCGGUUCAAGAAUCGGGAGCUCCAGAUCAUGCGGCGUCUCGACCACUGCAAUAUCGUUAAACUCAAGUUUUUCUUCUACACCAGCGGUGAUAAGGUAUGUCUUGAUCUCGUUUGUGGUUAUUGUUUUAUCAAACCACAGAACCUACUGCUCGACCCCAACAGCGGUGUUCUUAAACUAUGUGAUUUUGGAAGUGCAAAGCAUUUGGUGAGAGGAGAGCCCAAUGUCUCGUAUAUAUGUUCCCGAUAUUAUAGAGCGCCUGAAUUAAUAUUCGGGGCAACGGAUUACACAACCAUGAUCGGUAUAUUAGCAACUAUUUAUAUAGAUUUUUAUGUGUAUCUA